ACGUUUGAGCGAGGGCGCGUAAAUCUAUGUAUCUGCCUGCAUUCGCUUGAAAGCCUACCCUGUUGUUACUCAGAUGUUUGGUGGUGAAACUGGUUAACACCGGGAAAAGGAAACAACAUGGCCGUGAUAGAGAGUGAAGAGCUGCCCUAUUUUGCGACUUAUGUUUCAAUCGUCAUUCUGAAGAUGAUGCUACUAUCCCCUCUGACGUCAUAUUUUCGUCAUACGAGAAACGUAUUUUCCAACCAGGAGGAUAUGGGAUCACUGAAGGAGAAGGAUAAGAAACCAAUUUUCGACGAUCCUGAGGUCGAGAGGGUCAGAAGAUGCCAUCGGAACGACCUGGAAAACAUCGUACCUUUCUUUGCGCUCGGCCUCCUCUACGCUCUCACCUCUGGAGCUGCAACCACCACCAUCGUCUGGCAUUACCGUAUCUUCGUCGCCUCCCGCUUUCUCCAUACCAUCGCGUACAUCGGUGCCCUGCCGCAGCCCAGUCGUGGUCUGUCAUUCUUCGUUGGGUUCUUUGUCAACGUCUCCAUGGCCGUGCAGAUCAUAAUGAAUAGCUGGAAUUUUUAAAGAAAAGUGAAGUAUGCUGUUCUCGGGAUUUUUAACUUCCAUUUAAUCGAAUUAUCAUCAUUGUCUUAGUUCGCCUCAAGCACGACCGCAAUGACUGUCGACCUAAGGUAGUACACCAAGGCCCAUAUUCAUGAAACCGUUGUCAUUGAUUCGAGGGUUCAGUGACAUAAAGACGUAACUCCAUAUUUUUCCAAAAUGAGUAUUUGAUAUCAUAAUGUUCAGAA